ACGCGCUAAAAGUUCCCUCCCCAAAUUUCCCUUUCCUUCUUAUACUUCAUACGUUUUCAUGUUCUUCGAUCAUUAACUCUGUUUUCUCCCAUGGAAACUUUAAUUUCAAAACUUGGGUUCUCUUUGCUCCUUAUUUAUACCUUCACCUUUUAUGUUCCCUCUUUUUCGUUCUCUCCGAUCGACAAUUAUCUCAUCAACUGUGGCGCCUCCCUCGACUCCGUCGUAGACAACCGUCGAUUUAUCUCCGACUCGUCCGAUUCGCCAGACACACGUCUCUCUUCAUCCCGGACCUUUUCUCUCUGUGCCGGAACUCUUCAGCCGGGUCAGCCUCAGAUCUACCACACCGCUAGGGUUUUCAACGCGCCGUCAAAGUACGUAUUCAAUGUCAAAGAACCAGGGAUGCACUCGGUACGUCUCCAUUUUCACCGAUUCAUAUCGUCCAGGUUGAAUCUGGGUAACUCUCAAUUUCACGUUUUGAUUAAUGAGUUGGUAUCUUUGACCAAUUUUAGUGGUGGGAAUUUGAUGGGUUAUCCUAAGGUUAUGGAAUAUUUGAUUUGGGUUAAUUCAGAGAAGCUCGAAAUUGCCUUUGUUCCGGCUAGAAAAUCGAACUUUGCUUUUGUUAAUGCAAUCGAAGUGAUAUCUGCACCCAAAGAUUUGGUACUGGAAACUGCCCAGUAUGUUAAUGGCGUUAAAGUUGAGAAAUUUGAAGGUUUAAAUAAACAAGCAUUUGAAGUUGCGCAUAGGGUCACUGUAGGAGGUGUUAAAGUUACUCCCUUUAACGAUUCUUUGUGGAGGACUUGGAUGCCUGAUGAUGCGUAUUUGAAAUCGAGCAAGGAGUCGACUAAGCUGUACUUUGGUGGUAGGAUUAAGUAUCAAGAUGGUGCGGCGAGCCGUGAAGUCGGUCCCGAUAAUGUAUACAAUUCGGCUAGGUUGAUUCAGAGCAAGAAUGCUUCGAUUCCUAAUGUUAACCUCACUUGGGAGUUUCCGGUGAUUGAUGAUUAUAAGUAUCUUGUUAGGAUGCAUUUCUGUGAUAUUGCUAGCAUAUCCCUCGGAUUGUUGUUCUUCAAUGUUUAUGUCAACGGACAUUUGGUGUAUAAAGACUUGGAUCUAUCUGCUGUUGCGAAUUACGAGUUGGCUUCUCCAUUCUAUGCGGACUUUGUGGUUGAUGCCGAUUGUUCCGGUGUCUUGAGCGUAAGUGUUGGACCGUCAAGCAAGAGCAUGGAGUAUGCGGUCGAUGCAAUCCUAAAUGGAGUGGAGAUCCUGAAGAUGAAUAAUUCUGUGGGUAGUCUUGACGGUAAGCUGCCUGCGGAGCUGCUGUUGAAGUGUUGGCAUAGAGGAGCUAUCGGCAUUCUGCUUCCCUUGAUUGCUCUUGUGUGCUUGCUGAUGAGCUUGUCGGCGAUUAUGCAUAGGAGGAAGAAUAAGGUGGACGCAGUGCCGUGGUCGAAACUGCCUACGGAUGACCACGAAAUUUCUCCAAAGCAAGCCAAACUACAAUUGUCAAACAUCGUUACCUAAACACUGUAAAAAAUCAUUUCCACUGGUCCUAUUAUAUAACUAUUACAAGAAGCUAGUCGAGUGUAACACGUACUUGUUCGGUUUCGUAGAUCGGGUCUAUCGAUUCGAUGGUUUCUUCGUGUUUAAA